CUCGCUGUGCACCUGCUGCCAACAUGGACAAGAUCAAGCACGCCCUCCACCUCGACGACAAGACGGACGACCCGGUCGAGUACCGCAAGUGGGUCGACGACGCCCGCGACAAGCACACCGCCGAGGAGGCCCGCGCAGACGCCCUCGCCGCCGAGCGCGAGGCCGAACAGCGUGCCCACCCGUCCCACGCCCACACGCUCGAGCCUGUCCAGGCGCACGAGCUCAGCUCGAUGCCCCACCGCCCGGCGCUCGAGGAAGCUGUCGAGGGCCACAAGACCGUCACCCCGGGCGAGGUGACCCGUCCCGACCUCGAGGGCGUGACCCACAUCCCCGAGAGCGAGCUCCCGGAGCGCAAGCCUCGUAUGGAGAGGACGGCUCUCAGGCCUAGCGAUCCCAACGAUGAAAACUCGAUGGACGGCGCCGCGUCGUACGGCACGGCCGGUGACGACCGCGCCAUCUGAGCGUCGAGCGGCAGCAGCGCAGGAGAGCGAGACGGGCGGGCACGAGCGGGAACGAGGUUCGCGCGAGGAGGACGAGGUCGGAGCGCUUGAGGUGGGACGACGGGUCGAGGACGGUUCGUACGAGGACAGACACUGCAUCCAUGUCAUUACUGUAC